ACUCGCAAUGUUUUUCUGGAGGAACAGGUUGCGAUUUUUCUGUAUAUGUGUGUUACAGGACUGUCUGUACGACAUGUUGGUGAACGUUUUCAACGUUCCAAUGAAACUAUUGCUAAAUACUUCAAAUUAAUCGUAACAGCCCUAUCCUCUCCUCCCUUCUACACC